AUGGCGAUGUCGACUCGCAAAAGAACGAAAAGACCCGAGCCCAGCUGUGCUGGCAAAAUGCAGGAAAAAGAGCUUUCACAGGACCAACCUCUCCAAGAUAAACUUUUCCUGAGGUGUCCAGGUAAUGAGCAGAGUUUGAACAGACCUGGAAAGCAAAGUGAAGGAUAACAGGACCUGGAAAGCAAAGUGAAGGAUAACAGUACUUUGGGUGAUGUGACCCCUGCUCUCAUGAAUCCUUUCUUGCAGUCACGCUCCAUUCCUUUGGUAGAAGGAAUAUGCUGGACCAUAUCAUACAUGAAUGCAGAUCAUGUGAUGGUCACACAGGAAAUUUUAAUUGAGCAGUUAGUGAAAAAUUAUCCAGGCAUUGCAGUGCCCUCCCACAAUAUCUUAUAUAAUAUCCUUGGCACUCUAAUUAAGGAAAGAAAAAUCUAUCACACAGGAGAAGGAUAUUUCAUUGUGACUCCCAACACAGACUUUACCUCAAAUGAUGCCACAGAAGACAACAGAAGGGUCCUGUUGGAGGACAGUUUUUGCUGUUCAUCACCUUCCAUCACUUACCUGGUAAACAUUAAGUCCUGUGCAGACCUAGUGAAAGAAAACAUUCCUACAGCAUUCCGUUACAGAUCCUGCCAUUGUUUCCCUGACCAAAAUAUGCUCUGUGAACAAAGACAUCGGCAGGUAAUGAGCCAUGAAUCUAAUGGAGAGGGAAAGAGAAGCUGCAGUGAAUUGAAGCCUCCAGUUCAAACUCAAGGGAUCUCUGCAUCUGCUGAGAAGCAUUACUGGGACACCAUCAAAUCCCUGACAUCUGUGAAAGCAAAACUGAAAAGCAGGAGGUUUGGCAUUGGCCUUUUCUGGAGAAGUGGUUCUAAAAACGAAAAACACAAGGAGUACUCCACAUUUUCAGCCCAGUUUCCUCCCCCAGAGUGGCCAGUCAGGGAUGAAGAUGACUUAGACAAUAUUCCACGUGAUAUUGAACAUGAAAUCAUCAAGCAUAUUAACCCUACUCUUACAGUUGAUAAUUUGAUUAAACACACAAUAUUAAUGCAGAAGUUUGAGGAGCAGAAAAAAUAUAUCAGUAAAGAGAAAAAACACAUCACUAAUGGCACCUCAGCUGAAGUGCCAAUAGUCAGGGAAAACUGUCUUUCAAAGGACUGUAUUCAAAAGGUCCUAAGUAAAACAGCAAAACACACCAGGAAAACCAAAUCAAAGAAAGAGCAGAUUAGCAGGAGUAGCAAGAAAUCUCACAUACAGAAGCUAACAUCACAAAAUGUGAAACUGGAAGAGAACAUUUCACUGCCCACCAAAAAGCAAGAGCCACCUGAUACAGCAGGGGAGUCUCAUGUGAUAUAUAAGAAGCAGAUUAAGAAUCCUUUCCAGGGUCUGCCAUGGAGACCUCGCAGUUUUCAUGCAAGAGGGUACCAAGGUGUUGUUAACAGUCAGAUGAAGCGUGGAGCUCAAAAGCAAGGAAGAGCUUUCCAAAGGCUACAGCCCUUGGCCUCCUCAAGACCCUUUGACUGUGAAACUGAACAUCUGGCUGCAGAAACUGAAGCUGACAAAGCUAAGCAAAACAACUUACUCCAUGCCAAUAGGUCUGGCCUUCAACCAAAGAAAGACAGGUUAAGUGCAAAUGGUAGUUAUCCACAAUACAGUAACCUGCAAAUAGAUAAUAAAAGUAAAUACUUUCUAGAGAGUAAUAUUUCUGAAGAAAAUGUCUAUAGAAGAGCAGUGAAGAAAAAAUCCCCUUGCUCCUACAUUGAAGACAGUGGUGUGUGCAAAGAAGAUGCAAAAUUUCCAUUAUGUCUGAAAGAUGAGCAUUGCAGAUGCAAAGCAGACACUGUAUGUGAGUUGUUAGAUCAAACAGCAAAUGAAUUUCAAAAUGUCCAUCUUUCAAAUUACACUGCCAGUGUUAACCAGGUCAAAAAAAAUGGUGUGCAAUACAGACAAAAGACUGAUAAAAAGACUGAACUUAUACUCAACUAUGACUGUGCCAGCUAUCCUGGAUCAAUAAAGCUGAAAAGCAAUGGAUUUACUGAAAACUUCCAUCUUCUGUACCAAAAGGGACAUGAUGACACCUGUAACUUGUCAUGUCUGAGUGACAAUUCUGAAGGCCAUGCACCAUGCCACCUGCCUCCUGACCACACCUUUUCAGACACGAGAGACUGGAGUACAGCUCUGCAAAAGCUGGGGGCAGCUGUGUCCCUAGAAGCCUGUAAGGUUAGUACUUAUCCUGCCCAGCAGAACACAACUGUAAAUAAAUGCAACUCUGGAGAGCACGGAUAUACUGAAAGUGCUAGCUUAGCAGAAUCAAAAGAGCACCCAAAACCAGACUUCACGGAAAAAAGUUUGUUGUAUAGUCAGGUUCUCCUGAAAGGUCACAGAAAGGAUGAAGAAACUGCCCUCACUGAAUGUGGGAAGGGUUCAGCUGUGGCAGCUUUCUGCCACGCUGAUGAUGCUGACUCUGAUGCUGACACUUUGCAGAACUUCACCCAUGAGGUGGCUGAAGGAGCAGGAGUAGCAUGCUGUGCUUUGGGCUUGCAGAUCAAAGAAGUGAGAAACCCUCCAGGAAAAAAAGAUCUGUUUUGUAAGAAAACAUGUCCUGUGAUCCCAGAACAGAAGCACUCAGAGGGGACAGAGAACCACAGCAUUACAGGAGACAGUGGAAUCGACUCCCCAAGGUGGACUGAAAAGAAAAUGAAGCUUCCUGCCAAAUUCUAAGAGUAUAAAUAACAAUGCAAAGAAGAGGACGAGUGAAAGGACAAUUGCAACAAAAUUCCUUAGUUCAUCUAACUCUGUCCAUGAGUAUUUGAUUAUUUU